ACGAGGCCUCUUGCAGACUCCUGGAGCAGCCUCCCACGUGUCAACCCUAUUCUCAGGGCACACACAUUUCUUUGGGCCAAAGAACCUUAAAACAGUUGGCACUGACUACACUUUACCACCAUCUGUUCUCCAGCUGCUCUGCUGGUUCAGAGCAGCACAGUAAGACAGUGGGGAUCCCUGGUAUCCUUGGAAAGGCAAGGUCCAGAAAUGGGGAGGAGGGGGGGCAGAGAAGGGGAAGCCUGGACAGUGGGGACCCCUGGGAUCCCCGGGACAACAAAGUGGGGAACCUGGAGAGGGGGAAGGUCUGGGAACGCCGCACCCUGAAGGUGAAAGUCAGAGCAGAAGGGACCCUUGGGACCCCCAAUACUGCCAGCAUCCCAAAGUGGGACCCCCAGCAUCCCAGACAGGGCAGACCCUCUGAACCACAGAGGGCAGAGACCACAAUGGGGGAAGUCUUGGGAGCGCUUUUUUAGACAGAAUUUUCAUAUUCUUGAGUAUUUUUUUCCUGAAUCUCAACUUUUUGCAGUCUGGGGGGGGGCUUCAUCUUGCUAUUUCUGAGAGGUUGUUUGCCUGAAUCCUGGUGGUUUGGGUUUUUCUGGGCUGAAUCUUGGUGUUUUGGAGGUUUUUAUGGACACAGGAUGCCCAGUGAGUUCUAGAGAUGGACUUGGGCAGGAGGAACCCCCAAGCCAACAUGCUCAGCCCUUGUUUUCCCCCCAUCAGGAUUUGUCCUUCCCAAAGCUUGGGCGGAUGGAGGAGGAGGCUGCGAGGAAGAGGAAGAUGCCUUGGGCCCCCCAGGCAGGUGAGGAGGAAGUCAGUGUCCCUUUGGGCGGGUGUUGUGCUGGCUCUGUCAGCCCAGCAUGGCCCCGGCUGCAGGACAACCCCGCUGGCGCCGCCGUCCUGCCGGGGCCGGAGUUGGGGGGAUGUCCUUGGCCUUCCCUGUGGGCCGGAGGCAAAUCCCCUCCCUGUCCUUCUUGCUUCCUGCCCCAGGCCCCGAGCUGAGGACGGAGAGCCCGGAGGACAAAUCCCCCCGUGAGACCCUGGUGGGAGAGGCCGUUUUGAAGGGCUCCCCGGCGCAGGAAGGCAGCGGGGAGGGAAAGGGCCGGAGAUCCCCCCGCAGGAGGGGCUCCAAAGCCAUCCCAGGGUGCUCUGAGGAGGAAAGAGCCAGCCUGUGCCAGGAAGGCGGCCGGAGCUUGAGGCGGAGCUCUGAGCUGGUGGUCCCUGAUCAGCCUCCCAGCAGGGAAAAGCCCUUCAGGUGCUUGGAAUGUGGGAAGACCUUCAGCAGGAGCACCACCCUCCUCUCUCACCAGCACAUCCACACUGGGGAACGUCCCUACCCCUGUGGGGAAUGUGGGAAGAGCUUCAGGCAAAGCUCCAAGCUUAUCCAACAUCAGCGCAUCCACAGUGGGGAAUGGCCCUACACAUGUAGGGAAUGUGGGAAGGGCUUCAGUGACAGGUUCACUCAACGCAUCCACCAGCGCAUCCACAGUGGGGAACGGCCCUACACGUGUGGGGAAUGUGGAAAGAGCUUCAACUGGAACUCCAACCUCCUCACCCACCAGCGCAUCCACACUGGAGAACGUCCCUACACGUGUGGGGAAUGUGGGAAGAGUUUCAGACACAGCUCCACCCUGCACUCCCACCAGCACAUCCACACUGAGGAACGGCCCUACACGUGUUGGGAAUGUGGGAAGAGCUUCAACUGCAGCUCCCACCUCCACACCCACCAGCGCAUCCACACUGGGGAACGGCCCUACAAGUGCUUGGAAUGUGGGAAGAGGUUUCAGACCAGCUCUCAUCUCCUCAGACAUGAGCGGACGCACACGGAUGAGAGGCCCUUCCGCUGCACCGACUGUGGGAAGGGCUUCAAGCAGAACUCCACCCUCGUCACCCACCGGCACAUCCACACCGGGGAGAGGCCCUACAAGUGUGGGGCGUGUGGGAAGAGCUUCAUCCGAAACUCUACCUUGACCAAACACCAACGGACCCACCAGUAAGGGAAGCCCUACCAGUGCCCCAACUGCAGGAAGAGCUUUGGCUGUAGGACUGACACGCAAAAAAGGUUUCAAAAGGUCUUCAGGAUUUUGAGUAUCUGCACUCCAACAUCAGUUUAUUCUUUUGAAUAUGUGUAAGUUUAACAUCAUUUUAGUCUGAAAGCCAAAUUCACCACUACCCCAUUCCCUGAUAACCGUGGGCUGAUUCUGACAAGUGAGGCAGAAAUUACCCACUGCCCAGCAAAAACCAGUGGGGCCAGCCAGUGGUCUCUGCCCUGGCAGCCCAGUUUCCCCAGUCUCAUCUCAAAAUGACCAGUUACACUGAAGCAAAGAGCACUGGAACCAGUGCAAG